AUGUCGUCUACCGGUGUGGCCAUCACCAAUCCCCUGGUGCUCUAUCGCAGCCUUAUUGCUACACAGAAGAUCCGCCCUGACCCAGCUCAGCACCGACUCGCGUUACAUUUACAAAAACUCUAUGACCGUCUCAUUGAUUAUGAACCGGCGAUAGAGUACUCGAAACGACUGCAACUACUCACACGAGCUGUAGACUCUGAUCCAACUGGGGAAUCAACUGCGCCUACAGAUCUUCAUGCGAAUCGCUUCGGCAGAAGAGGUGUAUGGACGUCGCUUCUGGCACAGAAAGAGAGAAGGGAUUCUGUGGCUUUGACACGAGUUCUGACUAGUCAUGAUGAGGCCAUGCAGCUGCAAAGCCCAAAGGGGCUUAUGCUCCAUGGUGAGGUCGGCACCGGAAAGUCCAUGCUGAUUGAUCUCUUUCAAGACUGUCUGCCCAACCGCAAGAAGCGCCGCUGGCACUUUAAUACGUUUAUGCUCGACACCAUAUCCCGACUCGAGAAACUACGCAGAGCGCGAUCGCUAUCAGCGGGACCCAAGGCUCCUCAUGAUGAAUACUCGUUGCUUUUAGUUGCCAGGGAUCUUAUUGAAACAUCGCCGAUUCUCUUCCUGGAUGAAUUUCAGCUUCCUGACCGUGCGGCCAGCAAGAUCUUAUCGAAUCUCAUGACAUCUUUUUUCCAGCUCGGUGGCGUCCUUAUUGCGACUAGUAACCGUAUGCCUGAAGAAUUAGCCAAGGCCGCAGGCAUGGAAUUCUCGCGACCUGUGAAUCGGCUCAGCCGUUUGGGCUGGAGUAUGAGUAAGAGUGAGCAUCGCAGGAGAGAUGAUGGGGCUGGGCAACUUGGCGAAUUUGCAGGCUUUUUGGAUGUGCUGAGGGCGAGAUGUGAGGUCUGGGAGAUGGAGGGCAAGAAGGAUUACCGGAAGCUUGAGCGAGAAGAGGAGAGUGGUAGAAGGGAUAGUGUUCAGAUGUCGGGUUUUGAGUCUACCUCAGCUUCUGCACAGGGAAUCGCAGGUGUAGCGGAUACAUUCAGCAUCCAACAAGAGCAAGCAACCCCGGAUACCGUCAGCCCUACAUCGUCCUCAUACUUCCCCAAAAAUUACCUCAUCCAGCCCAAGACCACCGAUCAAAUGAUCGAAUUCGGCGAAUCCUUCAACGCCCUCGUCGAACGCGCCACAAACACUCAAUACCCCAUCCCAUGGGAACCCGCCACCCUAACCGUCUACAACAGACCCCUCCACGUCCCUGCCCAAUACAACGGCGUCGCCUUCUUCACUUUCGCCGAGCUCUGCGGCGCCGUCCUAGGUCCCGCCGACUACGUGACUCUAGCAUCCACCUACCACACCUUCAUCAUCACCGACGUGCCGGUAAUGGGUCUGCUAAUGAAGAGCGAGGCCAAACGCCUCAUCACACUCCUCGACUCCAUGUACGAAGCACGCUGUAAACUCAUGAUGACGGCCGCCGUCGGCCCGGACGACAUCUUCUUCCCUGUGCGGCCCGGUGGUGUCGGUGCUGCCGCCAGCGCCGAUGACACUUCCCUCGAAAACGACGCCGUGUACCCAGAAACCUAUUCGGAAAUCUACCAAGACCUCAACUCCCCGUUCCGACCAAACAUUUCUUCGUACAGCGGUGGUGCCUCCUUGGCUGAAGACGCACUCGAAGAUGACCCACCCAACCGCACACGCAGGGAGGGCUCCUCCUUCACCGACGAAUGUCGUCUAGGCCCCGGAUCCCCUGAUUUCGCAAACAUAGGCGGUCUAACGGGUGAAGACGAGAAGUUUGCGGUCAAGAGAGCCGAAAGUCGGAUUUGGGAAAUGUGCUCUCGCAGUUGGUGGGAGAAGGCGUCUUCGGUGCCGGUAGAGGAGUGGUGGAGACCUAUUCCGCUGGAGUCGAGGCAUUGGGAGAGGCCCUCUUCUUCGGCAGUGGCGGCUACUGCUGCUGCUGCUACAUCGGCUGCAUCGGCUGCGUCGUCUGCGUUGCCGCCGAAUACGAAGAUUUUGUCGGAGGAGGAGCUGGAGAAGGAUAGGCAGGCUGCGUUGCAGGAUAUGUUUAAACAUGGUGCUAGCCCCUUUCGCACGCAUCCUGAUGCGCCGCCAAAGUUUGCUUGGACGCAUGCUUGGGGCAUGAUGACUUGGGGAAAGAAGGCUGGGGCUUGGGGCAAGGGCGUGGAAGGGUUGGAUGAGAGGGAUAAAGUGAAAGAUGGAGAAGAUGAGACGGAGAAAGAUGGCAAGGGAAAGAAGGGAGAGAAGUGA